GGUCAAAAAUUUAAAUCGCCAAUUUAACAUAAUAGGCAAUGAUCGUGUGUAAAUAGUCGUUACAGUUAUAUAUAAUUUUUAUUUUAUCCUUCGAUCGUGUGGAGAGGUGAACUUGAUGUUGUUGUGGUUUAUAAAUCAUGUGUGUAUGUGUUUGAUGUGUACUCGCAUAGUUUACUUUUAGGAUUUAUAAAAAAAAUUAAAAUUGACGAAAAAAACGAAAUUUUCUCAUAAUAAGCCAUCUAUGAUUGUCAGGAUAAUCGCAUCACGUGUGUGAGUGUGUGACAAUUUUAAUUUAUUUUUCUAUAUCCAUAAAUCGAUUGUUGUUUAAAAAGUCUUUGUGUUUAUUGUGAAAUUUGAAAAAGUUAAAGUUCAACCAAUGGCAUCAGCAUCAUCAAUGAUAUAUCGUACAAUGAUCCGUAGUGUUGAUCGUUAUGUGCCGAAAAAAUUACGACCACUUUGGGAACACGAAGCUGGACCGAAAACCGUUUUUUUCUGGGCACCAGCCAUUAAAUGGGGUCUUGUUAUAGCUGGUCUUUCAGAUUUGGCACGUCCAGUUGAAAAUCUUUCAACCGGCCAAACAAUAUCAUUGGCAGCAACCGGUCUUAUUUGGUCACGUUAUUCAUUGGUAAUAAUACCGAAAAAUUGGUCAUUAUUUUCUGUAAAUUUUUUCGUUGCAUUAACACAAGUCACACAAAUGGGUCGUAUUAUUGUUUAUCAUAAUCAACAACGAAAACAGCAACAGAAAAUACAACCAUAAUGACCAAAGGGCUUUUAUUUAUUACAUGAUGAUGUUUUUCAUGAUUAAAAAAUAAUAACCAAAGUGGUGAUAUUGUUGUUCAUAAA